GAGAUUUUGAAAUUCGUUAAUAAUCAAAUAGAAAUGGAUCAUUGUCGAGACGAUUACCGUGAACUUCUGGAAUUAUCAUUAAUAUUUUUGGGUACUACUACCACAAAUAUUACAUUUAAGCAUCCUGGAGCGGUCCAUCAUGCAAGGUGGAUGGCUAAAGCAAUAUAUAGUUUAAAAAUUUUUUUAUUCAGAAAUGAAUUUCAUCUUACUAAAUCGGAAAUAGAUGGAUUACGAGAACUUUGUUUAUUUAUCAUAAUAUUCUAUUUAAAAGCUUGGUUCACUGCGCCGUGUGCUAUAACAGCACCUAAUAAUGAUUUAACUUUGAUUAAAGAAUUAAUUUCAUAUGAAAGAUUUAAUAAUAGUCUUUCACAGACAUGCUCACAAAAAUUAGCCGAUCACUUGUGGUAUUUAAACAACGAGCUGUCUGUUUUAUCUCUCUUUGAUAAAAAUGUUUCAGUUGGAACAAAAAAAAGAAUAGUUCAUGCUCUUAAAAACUGUAAAGCCAAUGAAACUACAACAAAUCGCUUUAUAAUAGAUAAGAAAAAUUUAGAGUCAUUAUUAAAUAAAGAUCUUAGUCAAUUUAUGUCUAUGAGAUCGAUUAAUAUAUUUGAAUCGUUUGAUUUGUCGUAUGAGUUCAUUGAUGAGGAUGUUACUUUGUGGCCUCAGAAUCCGAAUUUCUUAGAAAACUUGGAGUAUUUCGGGAAACUUCAAGUUGUGAAUGAUGUAGCAGAACGCGGCGUGGCAUUGAUAGAGCAGUAUAAUCGAUGCUUAACGAAAGAUGAAGAACAGCUUCAAUAUUUGUUGCAAGUAGUGACAGAACAUAGAAAACAAUAUCCUAAUUGCAAUAAAAGUAAUUUUAUAAAACUGUAAUAUUUUCAAGUUGAAAAAUUGUUGUAACAAGUUGUAAAUAUAGUUUUUUGUUAUAAAGAAU